AUGUCGGAAGAGAUUCACAAUGUUGGUAGGGCUCCUAUGUUUAAUGGCACAAAUUAUUCCACUUGGAAAAUUAAAAUGUCUACUUACCUUAAGGCUAUGAAUGCUAGUAUUUGGAAGGUUGUGGAUGAAGGAUGUGUCAUGCCACUUGACUCCACGACACCCACUCAACUUGAGUUACGUAAUGCAAGUUACAAUGCUCAAGCCAUGAAUGCAUUGUUCAAUUCCUUGAGCCAAGAAGAGUUUGAUAGGAUAAGCAAUCUUGAGACUGCUUAUGAGAUUUGGGUCAAGUUGAGUGAAAUUCAUGAGGGUACAAGUGAAUACAAGGAUGCCAAGCUUCACUUUCUCAAGGUCCAAUAUGAGACAUUCACCAUGUUACCUCAUAAAAGUGUGAAUGACAUGUAUGUAAGACUCAAUGUCAUUGUGAAUGAUCUCAAGGGGCUAGGAGCAGCUUACACCGAUCUUGAAAUUGCCCAAAAGAUGCUUAGAGCCUUGCCGGAGAAGUAUGAGACACUUGUCACCGUGCUCAUCAACUCCGACAUGUCAAGAAUGACUCCCGCAAGCCUUUUAGGGAAGAUCAACACUAAUGACAUGUACAAGUUGAAGAAGAAGGAGAUGGAGGAAGCCUCACCAUCAAAGAAGUGCAUUGCUCUUCAAGCCGAAGUUGAAGACAAGGGCAAAAGCAAGGCAAAUGAAGCUCAUGAUGACUUGGAAGGAGAAAACGCUCUUUUGGCUAGAAGAUUCAAUGACUUCUUGGGAAGAAGAAAAGAGAAGGGAAGAGGCUCCAACUCAAAUAGAGGAAGAAAUAGAAAACCAAACAAGACUCUUUCAAACUUGAGGUGCUUUGAGUGUGGUGAGAAGGGACACUUUGCUUCCAAGUGUCCUUCCAAGGAUGAGGAUGGAGACAAGUCAUACAAGAAGAAGAGUGGAGGUUACAAGCUCAUGAAGAAGCUCAAGAAGGAAGGAAGAAAAAUUGAGGCAUUCAUUGGGCAAUGGGAUUCAAAUGAGGAGAGUACAACCUCAUCCGGGUCCGAUGAAGAAGAAGUUGAUGAUGAUGCAAGCUCCAAGAAAAGGAAGAUGGCCAUGGUUGCUAUCAAGGAGGCUCCAUCACUCUUCGCUCCUCUUUGUCUCAUGGCAAAGAACUCGUCUAAGGUAUCAUCCUUUAGUCAUAGUGAAAGUGAUGAUGAUUGUGAUGAUGUUUUCUAUGAUGAGCUUAUGAGUAUGUUUGAGGAACUCCAUGCUUAUAGUGAAAAGGAGAUAGUCAAGUUCAAGGCUCUAAAGAAGGAUCAUGCUUCUUUGAAAGUAUUGUAUGAGGAGCUAAAGACUUCACAUGAGAAACUAACCAUUUCUCAUGAGAAGUUUAAGGAAGCUCAUGACAAUCUCCUUUCCACUACACAACAUGGAGCACUUAUUGAUGUUGGCAUAUCUUGUGAUUUGCUUGAUGAUAGUACUACUUGUCAUAUUGCUCAUGUUGCAUCAUCUAGCAUUUCCACCUCUUGUGAUGAUCUUAUGGAUGUGCCUAGCUCUAGCUCUAGCUCUAGUUCUUGUGUGUCCACUCAUGAUACCUCACUUGUCAUUGAGAACAAUGAGCUCAAAGAGCAAGUGGCCAAGCUCAAUAAGAAACUUGGAUUCAUUCCAAAGAAGGGAAAGAAACUUUCUCACCAUGUCACUCGCUUUGUCAAGAGCAAUGGCAAGUAUUGCACUAAGUGUCAUGAGGUUAGGCAUUUGGUGAACAAUUGCUAUGGUGACAAGCCUCCCAAGCCAUAUUUGUUUGACUCACACUAUAUGCUUAGGAAGACUUAUGAUGGUAGGAUUGUUGCCAAAUAUGUUGGUUCCCUAUACUUGGUGAUGAACUACCGCACCGGUGGGAGCCAUUGGGUGCUUGAUAGGGGAUGCACUCAACACAUGACCGGUGAUAGGGCUAUGAUCACCACAUUUGAAGUGGGAGGAAAAGAAAAGAAGAAAGUGACUUUUAGAGACAAUAGCAAAGGAAAUGUAAUUGGUUUAGGAAAAAUUGCUAUCUCAAAUGACUUGUCUAUCCAAAAUGUCUCUCUUGUUGAAUCUCUCAAUUUUAAUUUGCUCUCAGUUACUCAAAUUUGUGAUCUUGGCUUGUCAUGUAACUUCUUUCCUCAUGAGGUUGUUGUUUCAAGUCUUUAUGACAAGUCUUGUGUCUUUAAGGGUUUAGAUAUGGAAAUCUUUACUUGGAGACUAGCCCAUGUUGGUAUGAAUCAAUUGAGUAAACUUUCAAAACGUGAUCUAGUUGUGGGCUUGAAAGAUGUGAAGUUUGAGAAGGAUAAGCUUUGUAGUGCUUGUCAAGCCGGCAAGCAAGUAUUCUUUUUGCAUGAUAAGUCCAUUGUUGCCGACCUUUUCAAGAAAUUUGCAAAAAUGGCUCAAAAUGAAUUUAAUUGCUCUCUUGUGAAAAUUAGAAGUGACAAUGGGUCCGAGUUUAAAAACACCAAUAUUGAGGACUAUUGUGAUGAUCUUGGAUAUGUCUCAAAUAGCAAGGCAUACCGGGUCUACAACAAAAGUAAAGAUAUAGUAGAAGAAACCGCCGAUGUCCAAUUUGAUGAGACUAAUGGCUCCCAAGAGGGGCACGACAAUUUGGAUGAUGUAGAUGAUGAAGGCUUGAUGAAAGCUAUGAAGAACAUGUUUAUUGGUGAUAUCAAGCCUAAUGAAGAUUUUAAAAUUGGAAAAGUUGACACCACCCUCUUCAUAAAAAUCAUUGAUGAUGAUUUCUUUGUAUGUCAAAUUUAUGUUGAUGAUAUCAUAUUCGGUUCUACUAAUGAGGUGUAUUGCAAGGAAUUUGGUGAUAUGAUGUCUAGGGAGUUUGAGAUGUCCAUGAUUGGAGAGUUGAGCUUUUUUCUUGGACUUCAAAUCAAGCAACUCAAGGAAGGGACGUUUGUGAGUCAAACCAAGUACAUCAAGGAUCUACUCAAGAGGUUUGGCUUGGAGGAUGCAAAGCCAAUCAAGACUCCCAUGGCGACAAAUGGACAUCUCGACCUUGAUGAGGGAGAGAUGCCUCCUCGUACUCAUCGGCAGCUUACUCAAGAUCCUACCAGUGAGUCAGAUGGAGAGUCUGAUAAUUGUAGUGCUGAGCAGUAUCCUCAAAGUGACGAAGAGGCUGAAGAAAACGUUGAGGAAGGUAGUGAAGAGGAAAGUGAAGAGGAUGGCAGCGGGAAUGAAGAAAAUAAGGUUGACGAGAGUGAUGAGAUAGAGAUUGAUCCCUCCAUCCAAUUUGUGAAGACAGUGUAUGAGCAGAUUUAUGUUGGAAAAGCUUUUGCAGAUCACAAAUGGAUUUCUUGGAGAGAUAUCAAUGAGACACCUGAAUUUCAGAGCCUGCAUGAUCUCUUCAAGCUGGUGGGCAUUGACCGCAUUGUGACCCUCAAGCAGGAUUACAAUGAGGACUUGAUCCGUCAGUUCUAUGCCACAUUCUGGAGCCUUCUCAAUAUCCGCUUUGACUUUGGAGAUGAUCUGCACGAGGAGCUCAAUUUCAAUCCUCUCUCCAUGGACUAUCUCUCUCAGUUCUAUGAAGAUGGAGUGCAGUACACACAUGGGAAGGUUGCAGGUUUGAGUACCAUUCCCAGUGUGGUCAACAGGAUUGUGAGGGCUACCAUCCUUCCUCGCCUUGGAAACAAUGAUGACAUCAGAGGGGUGGCCUGGUAUGUCAUUGAUGCUAUUAUUCAGGGCCGUCAGUUUGAUGUUGUGACUCUCAUGAUGCAAGAAAUUGCUAUCUCCAAGAGCACAUUUACUUAG